CGUGAGCACGUCUUCAGAACUCUCAGAAGCUCCGUUUCCAUCUUUACCACCGUCCUCCCAAACAGAGCAACCGGAGAUGGAGUCGCUGCCGCCGCGCCCGCGCGUGUGCGUCACCGGAGGCGGCGGGUUCAUAGGGUCGUGGCUCGUCAAGCUGCUCCUCUCCCGGGGCUACGCUGUCCACGCCACCGUCCGCGACCCAGGUGAUCCGAAGAACGCGUUCCUGAUGCAGCUGGACGGAGCGCCGGCUAACCUGCGGCUGAUCAAGGCGGACAUGCUCGACUACGACACGGUGGCGGCGGCGUUCGCUGGCUGUCAGGGCGUCUUCCAUGUCGCCACUCCGGUGCCCGAACAUAAGAUCGUUGAUCCACAGGCAAAGAUGAUGGAACCUACUGUCAAGGGAACCAUGAAUGUACUCAAGGCUUCCUCAGCUAUGAAAGUUCAUAAACUUAUUAUGGUCUCAUCCCUCGCCGCUUGUUGCUUUAAUCCGGACUGGCCUCAAGAUAAAAUCAAAGACGAGAGUUGUUGGUCGGACAAAGAGUUCUGCAAGGAGAGUGAGGACUGGUAUUCUCUUGCCAAAACUGAAGCUGAAGAGAUGGCCCUAAAAUUUGGAGAGAAGAACGGUUUGCACGUCACCACACUUUUGCCUUCUCUGGUUUGUGGACCUCUGUUACAACAUGUGGCGGUCAAUACCACCAGCAAGGUUCUCCUUUACAUCAUAAAAGGAGGUCCUGACAUGAUUAACAACAAGUUCUACCCCAUGGUAGACGUUCGGGAUGUCGCUGAGGCAAUGCUCUUGUUGUACAACAAGGCAGGGACAUCCGAGAGAUACUUAUGCUCAUUGGACCAAAUGGACCUAAAGGAUUUGCUGGGGAUUAUGAAGACCAUGUUCCCUAACUACAGUUACGCAAACAAGAUGGUUGAUGUGGAUUUUAACGUUACAUUUACUUCUGAUAAGCUCAAGAACUUAGGGUGGAAGCCAAGGAAGUUGGAGGAGAUGCUCACGGAAAGCGUCAAGUCGUAUGAUAAAGCAGGUCUUCUCCGUGUUUCAGAUGGCGAACCUUGCCGACUUCCCGUCUUCUUCCGUGCACCACCUGUCUAGGAAUGGAAAUGAUAAUAUUUGUUCCAUUGAUUUUGUAUUUUUCUUGAAACAUUGUCAAAUGUAUUUUGCACAAUUGGUGUGUAGGAUCAUUAGCUGGCCCAUUCAGGAUGGGUGCAGAUUCAUCAUGUGUAUGUUUGAUGUUUUAGCUAAUCUCUCAAACCAUGGGCAGUUGCAUGUUA